AUGGCUGGGCCGUCGGAUAUGACUCCGGAACUCUGGAACGAGUUUGUCGCCAAUAUGCGCCGAGAAAUUGAACGCGAGGUGCGUGACCGGAUCCUCGGUGAACUCCAGGAACGUGGACUCCUGGGCACACAGGUGCCGGCGCCAGCACCUGCUGUGGUCUCUGCACGUCCGAGAGCACCUGAACCUGAGCCGUUUGUCCCUGGAAAACGAGACUUACCUGUGCGAAGAUGGCUCUUCCAAAUGGAGGAGUACCUUUCCCUAUGCCACGUGAACCAAGCCGAAUGGGCGCGGCACGCCGGCAUGAUGCUGCGAGGUGCUGCUGCUACUUGGUGGCAGAGCUGCCACACUACAAUUUCAACCUGGGAGGAAUUUUCAGCAUCGCUCACCAUGAACUUCGAACCUGUCAACGCGAUUGAACGCGCUCGUGACAACCUCGCUGCACUACGCCAACACCGCUCCGUAGCCGAAUACGUCAACCGCUUCCGGGAGUUGGUGCUGGAGAUUCCCGACAUCCCUGCCUCCGAGCAGAUGGACAAGUUCAAGCGCGGGCUGAAACCAAAAAUUCGCACCGAAGUGGAGCUUCGCGGAUGCACGUCAAUGGAUGAUAUGAUCCGUGUGGCGGAACGCUUCGACACGAUCAACUUCGCUGCGUUCCAACGCUUCAACGGCAUGAGGAUGGCCGCGAAAUACCUCAAACGUCAUGUGCCACCAAUGCGGGAAGAUGGGACACAUCAAGCGGAACUGCCCGAAUCGUCGCAGCCCGAACGAAGGACGGGGAAACGGACAGCGCCAGUAGCUGUGGGGCAGACCUCUGGUGCAUCGCAUGCCCCGCUUCUCCCGACCCCAUUGUUCAUCGGCACCUCUGAACUCUACACCACAUCAAACGCUCCAUUCCCCGCCAUCAUUCUAUACGCAAAAAUAAAGAAUCGCUACGUUGACUUUCUGCUCGACACCGGCGCUUCAGUAAAUUUUCUCUCUCCCUCAAUUGCUGCUGAACUUUCUCUCCCCGAAGAUCCCAACAGCAACCCGCAGGCCGUGAUCAUGGCAGAUGGUACCCGGCGGCACUGCGGACCUACCCUCCUCCCCGUGCAUUGCAUGUUUGGAAGUCUAGAGGCGACGUUCCGCUUCGUCAACCCACCCACCCCAACCUGCCCCAUCCCCAUCUUCCCAUAUCCCCCCUCUCCCUCCUCCUCGCAUAGCUCCCGUGCAGCAGCCAACACCACCCGGCUCUCCCGAAGUGAUCAACACACCUCCUCCUUCUCCACCCCACCCAACCCAGCAGCCACGCCGUCCCAUCAUCCGCCCCACCUCUGA